UUUACAAAAAAAUUCAUCUUCUUCUUCUUCGAUUCAACACAAUUUUUGCUGGGAUCUGUUUUUUUUGUUUGUUGAAAGUUCCGCAAAACUCGUUUUAGUAUUUGUGGGUUUUGUGAAAGUUUCCGUUUUUAGAGGCUUCUCUUUGAUCUGUUUCAAGAUCUUCACUUUUGGUUAGGGCUUUUGUUCUUAUGGGCUAGAGGAAAGGAGCAAAAAAAAAGAGAUCUUUUUUUUGGUUACCAAUCUCUGAAACAGAAGAAAGAGAGAAGCUUUGAGAAAUUGAGAUUAAUGCAUUUUCCUCUGUGGAAGCAAAUUCAUCACUGUGCUGCUCUGAUCUUAGAUAAGAGUAAGAGCAGGAGAAGAGGAGAUGGGUCUGAUUCACCAAUCGAUGUUAAAAGAAAAGCUUCAAUGCUUAGGAAAUUGUAUGAAGAUAAGCUUAGAGAUGCUCUUGAAGAAGCAUCUGAGAAUGGUUCACUCUUUAAAUCUCAACAAGUUGAGAAUGAGAAUCAAGAUGAGAGCUUGGGUCGUUCUAGAUCCUUGGCUAGGUUACACGCUCAACGUGAAUUCUUACGAGCCACUGCUUUAGCCGCUGAACGCACUUUUGAGUCUGAUGAUGCUAUACCUCAGCUUCUUGAAGCUUUUAACAAGUUUCUUACAAUGUAUCCAAAGUAUGAGACUUCUGAGAAAGUUGAUCAGUUGAGAUCUGAUGAGUAUGCUCACUUGUUGGAUUCUAAGGUAUGUCUUGAUUACUGUGGAUUUGGGCUUUUUUCCUAUGUUCAGACUUUGCAUUAUUGGGAUUCUUGUACGUUUAGUUUAUCUGAGAUUACUGCGAAUUUGAGUAACCAUGCGCUUUAUGGUGGAGCUGAGAGUGGAACUGUGGAACAUGAUCUCAAGACUAGGAUAAUGGAUUAUUUGAACAUCCCUGAGAGUGAGUAUGGUCUUGUUUUCACUGUAAGUAGAGGCUCUGCGUUUAGGUUGCUUGCGGAAUCUUACCCUUUUCAUACGAAUAAGCGGCUUUUGACAAUGUUCGAUCAUGAGAGUCAGUCUGUGAAUUGGAUGGCUCAGACCGCAAGAGAGAAAGGCGCGAAAGCUUAUAAUGCUUGGUUUAAAUGGCCAACCUUGAAGCUGUGUUCCACGGAUUUGAAGAAGCGUUUGUCUCAUAAGAAGAGGAAGAAAAAGGAUUCUGCGGUUGGGUUGUUUGUGUUUCCUGCUCAGUCUCGUGUUACGGGAUCUAAGUACUCUUACCAAUGGAUGGCUCUUGCUCAGCAGAACAACUGGCAUGUGUUGCUUGAUGCUGGUUCUUUAGGUCCCAAAGAUAUGGAUUCACUCGGGUUAUCAUUGUUUCGACCAGAGUUUAUCAUCACUUCGUUCUAUAAAGUAUUUGGGCAUGAUCCUACAGGUUUUGGUUGCCUGUUGAUUAAGAAGUCAGUGAUGGGCAAUCUUCAGAGUCAGUCCGGUAAAACAGGAUCAGGAAUAGUGAAGAUCACACCUCAAUAUCCGUUAUAUCUCAGUGAUUCGAUAGAUGGUCUGGACGGAUUGGUUGGUCUUGAAGAUCAAGACGUUGGUACAAAUGGCGAUAAACCAGCAACAACAGAAGCUGCUCGUAGAGGCGCUCAGAUGCCGGUAUUCUCUGGUGCAUACACGUCAGCGCAAGUGCGGGAUGUGUUUGAAACAGAGCUCUUAGACGAUAAUACAUCAGAUAGAGAUGGGACUAGUAGUACCAUAUUUGAAGAAAAUGAAAGUGUUUCGGUUGGAGAAUUGAUGAAAAGCCCAGCUUUCAGUGAAGAUGAGUCAUCUGACAAUUCCUUUUGGAUUGAUUUGGGUCAAAGUCCGCUUGGGUCUGACCGUGGUGGUCACCUGAACCACCAUAAAAUCGCCUCUCCGUUGCCACCAUUUUGGUUUACCAGCAAACGCCAAUCACCAAAACCGGUAGCAAAGAACUACAGCAGUCCUAUGUAUGAUGGUAAAGAUGUCCUCUCGUUUGAUGCUGCAGUUAUGUCAGUUACUCAGGAGACGAACUCAACACCAUCACGGAAUCUGAGGAACUCUAAUAAUUUCCAAAUUCAAGAGAUACAGGAAGAAAAUCGUGCAGGAUCUGGUUUUGGAUCAAAUGGCUCAAGCUCCAAGAUUUCUUCAGAUAUGAAAGAUAACGCAAUUAGACGAGAAACAGAAGGUGAGUUUAGGUUAUUGGGAAGAAGGGGUACUGGUGGGAGGCUUUUGGGUGUGGAAGAUGAACAACCAAGCAGAGGAACACGGGUUUCGUUCAACAUGGACCGUAUCAGCCAUAGUCUGGACCAAGGUGAAGCUUCUCUGGCCAGUGUAUAUGACGAAAGUGAUGGUGAAAAUCAAAAUGAGGAUGAUUGGGACAGAAGGGAGCCCGAGAUUGUUUGCAGCCAUAUAGAUCAUGUGAAUAUGUUAGGUCUUAAUAAAACCACAACUAGGCUCAGAUUUCUGAUUAACUGGCUUGUGAUCUCUUUGCUACAGCUGAAAGUGCCUGAACCAGGCAGUGACGGUAGCAGCAGAUACAUGAAUCUUGUGCAGAUAUAUGGCCCAAAGAUAAAGUACGAAAGAGGAGCAGCGGUUGCUUUCAACGUGAAAGACAAAAGCAAAGGGUUUGUAAGUCCAGAAGUUGUUCUGAAACUGGCUGAGAGAGAAGGUGUAUCUCUUGGUAUUGGUAUCUUGAGUCACAUACGCAUAAUGGAUCUUCCGCGAAACCACCGUGGGGGCGCUAGGAUCAAGGAAGAUAGCUCUUUGCAUCUGCAGAGAGAAGCUGGUAAGCGCGGUGGAAAAAAUGGGUUUGUGCGAUUUGAGGUUGUCACAGCUUCACUCAGCUUCUUGUCAAACUUUGAGGAUGUUUAUAAGCUAUGGGCUUUUGUGGCCAAGUUCCUAAACCCCGGUUUCAGCAGAGAAGGAUCGCUCCCGACUGUAAUUGAAGAAGAAGCAGAAGAUUCAGAAACAUGAUUGGUUUUCUGAAAGCUUUUUGAACAUCAAGAUUUCGCCUUUUUUUGAUAACGCCUGAGCCACUAACAUCCUAGAGAGCUCGGCCGCCGCGCUUCUGGAAAUGGAAGGAGGGUAAAAAGUAAAACUGUGAAUUAAGAUCUGCGAUAUAGUUUUUCGUUUUGCUCUGUUUCAGUUUUUAGGAAAAUGAGAUAGGAGGAACAAUUUUUGUAAACUGGAAAGCAAAACAUGUUUGGCCAGCGAUUCCACUUUAGAGAAGGGAACAGAGUUAAGCAUUUGCUCUCACACUAAACCUCGUUAAGUCAUAACUAUUUGUAAAUUGAAUUCCUUGAACACUUGCCUUUUCUAGGAAAGGUUAUUUUAACCGGACUUUAACCUGUUGUGCUUA